AUGGCACACGGCGCAGAAGACUGUGCAUCGGUGCUGGAGCAGUUCGUCCACGACGUGGCGAACCUGCCAGCGGAGAUCAACCACCUGAUGGAGGAAAUUCAGGCAAAGGAUAAAACUAUCCAGGAUGCCCGCACAGCAAUCAAUACCCGGGAUGGUACUUUACAGAAAUUCAUCAAGUUGAACGGUAGUCUUGCGCCGAAUCCCAAAGAAGAACAAUACGGGAAGAUCAUUCUGCAGAACUUUGAUAGGUCCCAGCAGCUGCAAGAGGAGAAGAUCCAGUUGAGCGAGAAGGCGUGCGUUCUAUUGGAUCGACAGAUCAAGAAACUGGAUAUCAAAAUCCGCGAUUUACAGAAUGACGGCGUCUUGUCUAAUGACCCUCCUAUCCCUUCUCUCUUCAACAGCAAUAAAGAUCAGUAUCGAGAUCCGCCCAAGAUCUUCUUUCCGGAUACCACGGCGGACUCAACGGCUUCCUAUGCCGCUCCUCUCAACCCUACAUCGGGAAACGCAAACGCAGUAUUAGGCGCUACUCAGAGACUCAGCCAGUCCCUCGCCCGGCCGGGUGGUCCAGCCGCUUUUAACUCGCAAAUUAGUGCGCGAAGUUCCGCUCCAGCAACGCCCGCCGCAACCGCGACUUCACAUUUCCAGCAACGACAGCAACGAGAAUCAUCCGCUGGCGCGGUGGACAGCAAGCGACGCCGUCUUAACCCAUCACUUAGUACACUUCCCAACACAUCCUCCAAUCUCCGUCAAUCAUCCCUAGGCCCCGGGACCCCCAGAGCAGGAACCCCCAGCACCAGCCGCGCCGGCAGCGCCGGCCCACGCACAGUAGGGGUGACUCGAAAAGCCCUGACAAAGAAAGUUGCCCCUCACCAACAACUGAAGAAAUUAAAAUCAAUGGGCAAAGCCUCAAAGCGAUCCUCAAGCGCAUCGCGGAUCCGAAUCGGCAUGAAGAAAUCCCCAUCCGCCGGUGGAGACGACGACGAGGAUGACUCGAUGUUGAGCGACGCGGAUAUGUCUGAUUCAGAGAAUGCGAGCGCGGGGAAUGACCUUGACGAUGACGACGAGGACGAGGGAAACGAGGACACGAAGGUUUAUUGCACUUGUCGCAGCGUCAGCCAUGGAGAUAUGGUCGCUUGUGAUAAUGAUAAUUGUCCAUAUGAGUGGUUUCAUUGGAAAUGCGUGGGGUUGACGAGGGAGCCGGUUGGGACGUGGUAUUGUGACGAGUGUAGGGUUACUUUGGGGAAGUAG